UCUUCACAAGUAGUCAAAGAGUUUUGAAUUGAAGAAACCUUAUUGCACAACCGCAGUUAAGAGAGUGAGAAGCUUGGUGGGCAGUUGAAAGUUUGGGACCUGAUUUGCUUUGGAAUUCAAAAGUACGUAUGUAUAGAAGAAGAAGGGCAAUGCACGGCAAUAGCUCGCUUUAAGAAAUGAGUCUGUGAGACAUCUUUGAAUGGGCCCAACUAGGAGGCAAGUGCUUGUGAAGUCUUCUGUAUCAUGUGGUCCUGUCUUCCAGGUAAUAAUCUUCAGCUACUCGAGAAAUAAUAUUGGGAAAACAAAUCCACCAAAAUUUUUAGGAAAACCAGCCAGUGGAGGACCCAUUUGGGCGCAAAAAUGUGGCUUAGUGAUAGCUCGUUGGUUAUGUUGAGCACAUAACAUAAGCAAUAGCUAAUCACUUUUGUUAAAGACAUGCCUGAGACAUCUGAACCAUUCCCCUCAUUUUGUGUUAUGCCAACGUACAACAGGGAGCACACUCAUUAAAUGGCAUAGAUUUUUCUGUCUAAAUGAAUUGAAGAUCUAUCUAAUUAAAAAUUCUAAACCAUCUGGCUGAAGAAAUGAACAAAAUCAAACUUGGAAGGUAAACCCUUGUCGCAACAUGGAGUCCCACAAAACAAAUUUCAUGAACCUAAACUGCAGAGAUUCAAGAAUGGAUUAUAGUCAUAAGUGGAGAAAAAUCUACCCGAUGCAGAUUGUGAAAUUGUGCCUUUUUAUCUUUAUUUUUUUAUUAUUAUCAUUAUUCUUUUCUUUUUUUCUUUUUUUUGUUCGUAACAAGCCUAUGUGAAGUUCACAUGAAAGCUGACCUACAAUGUUUUCUCAAAAUGAGUGGACAUCAGUACAUUAAACGAGAUCUUUAAAGAACAAUAAGCAUCUAUAUAGGAAUCAAGCAUCUUUUCUUCAACAGUUAAUUGAGAUGCGAAUGCCAUUAUCAUGACUAAUGAUUUUGAAAGAUUACCAUUCUCAAGUUCUGGAUUAACUUGCAAUAUGAAAACAUCAAACAUGGUGCAAGCUUGCUCCAGUAAUUCUUCAGGUUGAGUGCAGUUUUUGUAAGUAAAGAUAUCAAUUGUUGCUUUAUGGUAGAUAUUUGUGUAGAAUACACAAAUUCCUGUUUGGUAGAGCAUUGAUGGAUACAAACUAGUAAAGCUGUGAUAAUAUUGGUAAAGAAAGAAUCAAUGAGGAAGGAUUUGAAGCGACUAUAUGACUGCCUGGACAAUGUAAUAAUUUAUUAUACAUAGUCGAGUACCUUAUGUACAAACCGAAAUGUAGUGACCUAAAUUUUUAGCUAUUGCAUUGGGCCAAUGAUGCAGAACUAGUUAUCAAAGUUUUCUUAUCGAGUAGAUUUCUUUUUAGGUAUAUUUAUUUUCUAGGUCACAGCAUUUGGUUUUCAGUUUUCCUUGACCACUUGUUUUCUACUCUAAUAUCUUCCGUUCAAACAAGUGGGUCUUUGCUACCAGAAAUCAGGCCAAAUGAGAAGACGAGUGUGUUUCAACCAAUUUGACACUCCAUCUGAUCCUUGGAUAAAGUAGGUGUCCUCAAACUCCUAUUUUGAUAUUCUUACGUUCUCACCUUCUCUUUCUCACUCUAUAAAUACAUUCAGACCAACUUAACAACCAUCCUUCCAACUCAAGUCACAGAGAAACUCUCAUCCAAGCAUUGAAGUUUUCAACUUCAAAUCAAUAUCAAGCAAAAAACUACCUAGAGUUGCAUUUUUUUUUUCAAUUCAAGAAAAUUUUGAGAUGGGAAUCCGUUUGCCUUCAAUUCUUCUUAGCACCAAACGAAUUCUCAAAGUGCAGGGUGCUUCUUCCCGAAAUAAGUCUGACAUUCCCAAAGGUCACAUUGCAGUCUAUGUGGGAGAAAUCCAAACAAAGAGAUUUGUGGUUCCAGUUACUUACUUGAACCAUCCUUCAUUUGUAAACUUGCUAAAGAGGGCUGAGGAAGAGUUUGGAUUCAACCAACCAAUGGGUGGUCUGACAAUUCCCUGCAGAGAAGAUGUCUUCAUUGAUCUCACUUCUAGGUUGCAUACAUCAUGAGAAAUGAAGAGAAAAGAUCAACCAUCCAUACAGUUUUUCCAACUAUGGUUUUUCUUUUCUACUUUCUAGAAAUCAGAGUAGAAUAUCAAUGUAUAGGAAGUAUAUGUAAAUGGCUGUACACAAAGGUGGAGAAAUGUCUUCCCACCUCAAAUGGAAACACGUACAAAUUGUAGUAGGAGAGAAAUAAAGUAACAUUUUUCCUAGAGAAAACCUUGCCCAUUCGACAAAAUAUAUAUCUUUCGUUUUUUCCCUUCA